AAAGGUAGGGACCUUGAUCACCAAGCUGACAUGUCCCUGUUUUGUAUCAUGUGAAUUAGGUUCAGUCCUCCUUUGCUAAACUUGCUAAAUGCCAUUUGUGUGACAUGGAGCAAGACAGGAACCUAAAUCCAGAUACAGACGACCUUCCACUUUGCGCCAAUACCAACCACAUACUAGUCAGGCACUAUGUACUAGAUCUGACUGUUCAUUUUGACAGGAAAGUUGUCAGUGGUAGUGUCGUUCUGUUCCUGCAGCCUUGCUCUGGAGUGAUGACUAGGCCUCAAGAUGGGUUUGAAUUUGGAGCUAGAGAGGGAGAAAGCACUCAGGAGGCUGAAAAGAGUCAGCAUGCACCUUUGUGUAGCUUUCAGGAGGUGAAUACAAUAAAGGAUCGUGCAACAGAUUUGGAUUUGACUAGAGUUGGCACAGCAGCUGUGGAUCUGGAGGGGCCCGCAAUAAAAAACAGGGAAGGACUUGUGAAUGCUACGGGUGAGAAUAUUCAGUCCUCACAUUGGUGUGGAAACACUUGUGACAGUGAUUUCACCUUAGUGCUGGACUGCUGUGACCUGGCUGUGUCAAAGGUCGAAGAAGUGGAUGUCACCUCUGUGCCAGCCAUGUCUAGCCACCUAGCAGAGAUCUCAUCUGAGAGGACAGGGGACUCCUCGGUGAGCCCACAAGCAGCCCUUAUUCAGAACGUUAUUUCCAUGCCCUCUAGCCAAUGGAGGCAGCAGCACCAGCUCUUUUCACAGUGUACCCGUGCCCCUGGUGUCCAGGAUGGCAGCUCACUCGAUUUUUAUACAGACCGCUGGAGUCUGCAGGUGAGGAAAAGAGGGAUCUCAUCCCCUCAGGAGUUUCCUCGAGUUCUCAGGAUCUGCUAUGAGACGAGGCCAACCGGAGGCUCUGUGAGAUGGACCAAAGACCAGGACAACAGGGUGUGUGUUUACACUGCCGGCUCUCCCAUCAACAACCGAGCCCUCUUUCCCUGCCAGGAACCGCCUGUUGCCAUGUCAACAUGGCAAGCAACAGUUCGAGCCCCCAGCGAGUGUGUGGUUUUGAUGAGUGGAGAGGAGCAGGCUGUACCUAUUGGGGAUGGGGACACAUGUUUCCUAAUCUGGAAUUAUUACGUCACUAUGCCCAUGCCUGCAUCCACCUUCACCUUGGCAGUGGGCCACUGGCUCCAAGUCUCAGCAGAAAUUCCCCCAGCACUGGAAAAAGAGUUGAAGGACAGGAUGGAUUGUGGCAAGAGGCCCAAACCUGGGGCUGAGGCACGGACUGAGGCUGGGCUUGUGUCCUCACUUGGAAGUUCUACCACUGAAGUAGUGAAGGACUCUACGGUCCAGACUGGCAGCGGAGACCAGACCACCCGCUCAGACUCUGCACUCUGUUACUCUUCCCUUGAGGAUGAGAGGCUCCCUGUAACUGAUUAUUCAGGCAUGGUGGAUGACGGCAUCUCUUGUUCCCAUGGUGACUACCCUUGCCGAUUUACUGAGCAGUCGGCGGGGUCCCAGCGGGUGAUUCCACAUCGUGUAUUUGCCCCCGUCUCCCUGCUGCAGAAGGCCCAGAUUGGAGUCCUUCCACUGUUGCCACGAUGUUUGGCAGCAGCCAACGCUGUUCUGGGAGUCCAUCCCUUUCCCCGCCUUGAUGUUCUCAUUGUCCCAGCGGGGUUCUCCAGUCUAGGCAUGGCCAGCCCCCAUAUAAUUUUCCUGUCCCAGAGUGUGCUGUAUGCUGAGAAUCCUGGUUCCGGAGAGGGAACCCUGUCUCUGUGUGGGUCCAGGCUGUGCCAUGAGAUCGCCCACUCCUGGUUUGGUCUGGUCAUCGGAGCCAGAGACUGGACUGAGGAAUGGAUCAGUGAGGGCUUUGCAACCUACUUGGAGGACAUUAUCUGGGCCCUAGCACAGCAACUCUCUUUACAAGAAACAGCAGAACAGUCUGACCUGAAGGCACUGCUGAGGUGGAGAAGACUCUGUGAUGAGUUGCAGAAUUCUGAAGAGGAACUUCAAAUCCUCAGACCCAACAUGGAGAACACUGGUCAGGUCAGUGAGUCAGGCUCCUCCACGGUUAAACAUGCCCUCAACCCUGACAAAUCUUUUAUGCAAGUCCACUACCUCAAGGGCUACUUCCUUCUCAGGUUCUUGGCCAGUCAAGUGGGAGAGCAACAAUUCAGCGAAUUCUUCAGGUUAUUUGUGAAGAAAUACCACGGACAACUCAUUUUGUCUCAGGAUUUCCUGCGAAUGCUGCUGAUUACCUUUCCCGACAUGGCGAGAAAAGGCCUCACCCUCAGUGCUAUUUAUGCUGACUGGCUCGAUCGACCGGGAAUUCCAAAGUGGCUGUAUGAAAGGAGCGCCGUGUGGUCACAGGCAAGGCUGGUGGAAGAAGUCAAAGCAGAGGUUGUAAAAUGGAUUCUCCUCAGUCAGAGUCAGGGGAAGGGCAGAAAGCGGAAGAGAAUGGAGCCCAAGGUGAACUACAAAGAGGUGACAUCAGACCAACUGGUGAUGCUUUUGGAGCUUCUUUUAGAGGAAGCGGACCUAAGCAUGGCAACAAUACGCACCUUGCAGCGAACCUACAACCUACAGAAUCAAGACGCUGAGGUCCGACAUCGCUGGUGUGAGCUAGUGGUCAAACACGGAUACACUCAGGCUUAUGGAGAUGUGAAACACUUCCUGGUUCAUGACCAAGCCAUGGGUGUGUAUCUGUACGGGGAACUAAUGGUUCAGGAGGAUCCUAAGCAACAGACUGUGGCCCGUCGCUGCCUCUCAUUGGUCAGUGAAGAAAUGGACCAAUCUGCACGCAAAGUGGUGGAGGAAAUGGUCCUAUGACAUUGGAGGUUGCUAACUACAGACGGAGAUAACAGGAGUUUGGCACAUGGAGCAUACCAAGGUCCAGCACUCACCUCCUCUUCCUCGGUAGGAGAGGGGACGCUCAGCAGUGUGAACACCAGAAGGCUGCGCCCUUACUCUACAGCCGAGGCCAACUGGCUAUGUUUAGAGCACAGCAGUUCUGCUCAUUGAAGUAAAGAAAUUGCUGGUGUAUGUGAAGUACUAACAAUACAAGCUGUUCCUGGUAAAAUACAAUGUUGACUAAAUUACUGCUCUGAUCAGACAUUAAACAAAUGCUACACUGUUUCACUUGUUUAAAUAUGAAUGAUAGGUAAUGGGAAACAUUUCAUGGAUAAAGACACCUUUAUUCAUGUUUAAAAACCUGAACUUCUGUGCUUGUUAGUUUCUGUGUAUGUAUGAAUGUGUGUGAGCUGCACACGUCUGCGUAUGAGUUCAUGUCUGUUUAGUCUGAAGCCAUGAUUCGGUUCUAAAGAGUUUAGACUGGAAAUACUUUAAGGUUAGUCAUGUUUUUAUACAUAACAGAUUACUUCACUCCUGCCUGUAACGACACUGGAAAAUAAACAACCGACAACUCUCAGGGUAUUUCUAUACUUGAUAGUCAUGUAACCACUGUGCCAAUAAUAAUGGCAAUUUGUUUUUC